AUGAACUUCAAAUCUGAUAAAUUUACUUACAAAGCUUACACUUAUACCAGUAGUACAAGUGGAGUUAAACUUGGUGAUAUUUCUAUCAAAUUAGAGAAACAAAGUGAUGGUAGUUAUAAUGUUCCAGCUGAUAAAGUUUUAAUCAAAGUCCAUGCUGCUGCUUUGAAUUUGUUUGAUGUCAAAUUAUAUAACUUAGCUGUAUGGCCGAUCCAUUAUUUUACUGGUAAACGAGGUCUUGGUGAAGAUUAUAGUGGUAAGAUUGUUGCAAUUGGUUCAAAGGUGAAACUGGCUGGUAAGUUUAAAGUUGGUGAUUUAGUUCAAGGAUUCUUUGUUGGGUUUGUUCCAAAUGGUACUUUUAGUGAGUACAUAUUAGUUGAUACUAGCGUUAAAACUGAAGGUGAAUUUACUCAUGUUGUUAAGAAUCUUUCAUUAACUGAUGCCUGUUCUUGGCCUGAAGUUUACGGUACAGUGAAUAGAAUUACAGCUGGGCUUGACUUGAAAGAUAAGAAAAUAUUGGUUCUUGGUGGUGGUAGUUCUAUUGGUAGAUACCUUAUUCAAUAUCUUAAAUUAGAAGGGGCUAGAGAGAUCUAUGCAACCGCUUCAUCAAGGUCUGCCGCACUCGCCAAAGAAUUAGGUGCCAAAGGAACAAUCGAUUAUACUAAAGGCUCCAUCCUUAAUCCUGUUUUAGAGUUAGUUCACAAAAGUGAACCAUUUGAUAUCAUUUUAGAUUGUGUUGGAGGUAAUGAAUUAUUUCCCAAGAUUACUGAUAUCCUUCCCAAAUCUGGUGGUCAUUAUAAUACUGUUGUAGGUGAUUCAACGGCUACUAAAUUAUCGAUUUCGAAAAUCAGGCUCCACUUGGGUAGUGUCAGAAGAGCAAAGUCAUCUGAUAAUAAUAAAUUGCCUUAUAGUUAUAAAUUUCUUUUGGGACAUUUUGAGCCUGGUUGGAUUGAACGUGGAAAACAAUUGAUUGAAGAAGGGAAAUUGAAACCGUUUAUUGACCGUUAUUAUAAGUUUUCUGAGUUGGAGAAAGGACUUGCUUAUUUGGAAGCUGGUAAAGUCAGUGGUAAGAUUAUUCUUAAAGUCGAAGAAGAUUAA